CUAUUUAUUAAUCUGUGGAUUCUGUGAAUUCGUAAAAAAAAAUGCUAUUUGUUCAGCUUUCUGGCUAUAGUUUUUAAUUUUUUUUAAUAUUUCUAUCUAUAGGAAUUAAGGAAAUAAGUAUGGAUACUGAAUAUAAAUUAUCACACAAAGCUAAAAAACGUAUCAAAGAAAUCAAAAGAAAGGCCCGACCAGAGUUGGCAGACAAAUACCAAUGGACAGCUUUAAAGUAUGCAAAUAAUUUUGAAGAGUUUAUAAAAUGUAAGGACAAUGUGGAUAGAAUAAACGAAACCGAGUGCACUCCUGAGGAGUUUAUAGAGAAAUAUGAAAAAGUUUAUAAGCCAGUUGUGAUUACCAACGUUCAGACCAACUGGCGGGCCAAUCACAAGUGGACGCAAGACAGACUCGCCAAAAAGUAUCGCAACCAAAAAUUCAAGUGUGGAGAAGACAAUGAAGGUUAUAGUGUAAAAAUGAAAAUGAAAUAUUACAUAGAGUAUAUGAGGACAACGAUUGACGAUAGUCCUCUUUAUAUUUUUGAUAGCAGUUUUGGAGAACAUCCAAGAAGGAAAAAACUCUUGGAAGAUUAUGAAGUACCUUUAUACUUUAGGGAUGAUUUGUUUAAGUACUGCGGGGAAGAGAGACGCCCACCUUACCGCUGGUUUGUGAUGGGGCCUCAGCGGUCUGGUACUGGUAUACAUAUUGACCCGUUGGGUACGAGUGCUUGGAAUGCAUUGGUCUUUGGGCACAAGAGAUGGUGCUUAUUUCCAACCCAGACACCUCGAGAACUGAUAAAAGUGACUGGACUGAUGGGCGGUAAACAGAGAGAUGAAGCUAUUACUUGGUUCAAACUUAUUUAUCCUAAGACUCAACUGGAUUCCUGGCCCAAAGAAUAUAAACCAGUUGAAAUCCUUCAGAAGCCUGGUGAGACAGUGUUUGUCCCUGGCGGUUGGUGGCACGUUGUUCUCAAUCUAGAUGACACUGUGGCUGUGACGCAGAACUUUUGCAGUCGCACCAACUUCCCAGUUGUCUGGCACAAGACAGUGAGAGGGCGGCCGAAGCUUUCAAAGAAGUGGGCUAAAGUACUAGAAGUCAAAGAUCCAGAGCUUUAUAAGAUCGCAAGUAGCAUGGACUUGAGUCAGGGUACAGGAGUAGCUUCGGAUAGCUCUUCCAAUAGCAGCUCCUCAAGCAGUGACAGUGACAGUAGCUCGACAGCUAGUUCCAAUGAAGAAGAUAGCGGCCAAGAGAGUAUCACGGCACAUAAGAAAAAGAGAAAACGAAAAGUUUGAAGUAACUUGUAGUUCAAUUCAUAAUAUUAUGUAAUUAAUUAAUUAUUAUUUAUGUAAGCGACAAUUUUAUCAGUUUAUUUUAUUAUUAUUUCUUGUUUAUUAUAAGUAUUUGGUAUUAUUAGGUUUAAUUGACAUAAAUUGUUGUUUGUCCAGUGAUGUAACUACCAUCUGAGAGCUAUGGCAAGUUUAUUGGUUGGGGCUCCAGAAUAAUGGUCACAGUGUUGAUUAUUAUUUAAAUAAUUUUAAAUAAUAAUAAAUUUAUGAGUUUGUAGCCUUGCUGUCUGGAAACCCCAUCAUGCUGGUGGCCCCUGGUAUUCUACCUGCCAUUCCACCCUAUAGUUAUGCCACUGUGUUUAUCAAAUUAUAUUUUGUUUUUUGUUAUUGGACCAACCUUCUUAAUAUACGAUAAUAUUGUCAUGAGG